GCGUCAAAUCGCUGUCACAGCGACACUCAACCCAUCGCCCCAACGGUUGUAACACCAAGUCCUGACGCAGGCUGUUUGUAUGGAGCCUGUCUCAAAGUUCAUCGACAAAUCUGCGAGAAUCUAUGGUGGGUUUUCUCACAUGCUUUCACCUUUGAAGUAAGUAGUCUCACAUGCCUGUUUUCCUGGCAGGCGGACGAAGAAUUCGCACCUGGCACGAAACUGAGACGGGUGUGGAACCUCCCUUUUGCUCAGAUUGGCAUGGCCUCAAAGAUACAGGCGAAGCAACAGUUAUGCGGGCGACGAGAUUCCCGAGGAAGAGGAACCCAAGGAACCCACCAAGCAGAUGGGCAAAAUGAGCUUCAAAGAUGCCUGCUGCACACCGGACCUUUGGUGGAGUUUUCUUUUCCGUCUACUUGGGGUCUUGAUGUGGUGGAAAGCUGGCUGUUUGGCGCCCGUCACCACGGUUGCUCCACUCUUCCUGCUGGUGUCCCUUUUCUCCAAUAUGGUCGCUGGCCCCGCCUUGCUUCAAGAGCAGUACCGUAGCCGAGAGGUGUAUUUGAGCCUCUCACUUCUCGCGCUGGUGCUGCUUGGUGCCUAUUUGGAAUCCCAGAUCAUCAAAAAGUCCUCGGCACAGAAGCUAUCAAUUUGGUUGGUGAACAUGCGGCGCCUUCAGCAAGGAGAGAUUUCGGCCAUCGCAUUUUGCUUGGCGAUACUGCUGCUAUUCUUCGGGUACUACGGAUGGAUCGUGAUAAACUACACCGUCUACCAAAGGGAGCGUUUCAACUCUGACAUGAUACCCUUCGACUUCUACAGCCAAGAUUUUCAUGGUUAUUCCACCGCGAUUCCAGUCAUCUCGGGCUUGCUGUCAGGGGUCACCUACUUUGAAGGGUACCUCGGUCUGCCCGUGUGCAACGUCCUAGAGAAUCGCCACGUGGAUGUUAAGCAGACAGCGCUCUUGCUGCUGUGCAUCGCCCCUGUGGCGGUUCUCUCCUUUGCCUUCUCGAUCGAGGGCGCCAGGCGCUGGGACUGCCGAUACUUUGUGCCCUUCUCUUCCACUGUAGGGUAUUUGGUGGCUAGCUCGAUCCGGGUACUGCUGGUGACAUUUCAGGGGCACGGGCUCAACACCAGCCCAGCGGAGCUGCUCUUUUGCCUGUUCAUCCAUGUGGUCUUGGUUGGCAUUCCCCUUCGCUGCAUUGAUCGACGCCCUGUGGGGAUUCAGUUGCCUCACACCUUGAAGAAGGAAGCGCCGUCGACACCCUACUCGAAUCCCCUUGCCAUUGCGAUGAAGCAAAAUGCCAAGAGUCAUGGCACGGUGGACCACAUGGAGCUCCGUAAGACACCCUGGCUGGAGAUGGAAAUCGGGAAGACGACGCCCCUGCUGGAGAUCGAGGAAACCCAAGGCAGUGCGAUGCUGCAGUCCUUUGAGCGGAUAGCCAUGCUCAAAGUCAAAGUGCCGGACAAGGAAUGGCCUGCCUGGAUCUACGAUGUGUUUUGCAACGUUGGCUCAUUGGUGCCUGCAACUAUCGUGAUCAUUGGGGUGCUUCCGCUGCCCAUUUUCCUGUUCCUGGUGCUGUGGCAGAAGCUUCACUCGGAGUGGCUGCUGUGCAUUGCUGUGUACUGUGCAAUCAUUACCGGCACCACCAACCUCCGGACCGCAGUGUUCUCCAGCGUGGCGCGGUGGAGGACACGCCUUUGUUUGAAGGGCAGCUACAUGACCUUGCUGCAACAAGAGGGUUGUGUGGAUGCUCCGACGCGCUUCCGUCGGGUGCCAAAGCGCUUCGGUGGCGGGCGGAAGGUGAUCAUGGGCGACCCCUGGGAAAGCGCCAGCUCGUCCAGCGAGGACGAAACAGUUCCCUGGGAGGCGGUGCAGCACUUUGUGGUGGUUGAGACGGGCCUUUGCACGUCUUGCGAUAAGGAGGAGAUUUGCAGCUUGCUGGAGUCCGUCAGUGCCUCUUCCAUGGCACCCAAGCAGGUUAGCGUGUUCUUUGUCCUCAAGGAUUCAAAGGAGGCCAAACUUUACGAAGCGCACUUGCCCGAAUGGAACAGGAACUUUGCCAGGAAAUUGAAAACUAUUGAGCUGUUGAACUUGGAGCUGGAGGUGAAUAAAACACUGCCCUUGAAACAUAAAGAGCAGAAGCCUCCUCCACAUCGUUCUCAAGAAGCACUGGUCUCUUGGCUUUUGAAUCGCGGGAAGACUAUCAAAGCCUCAGACCACCUUAUUUUGGUGACACGCACCACGGUGGACAGCUGGUUCCACCCAGAGUAUUUUCCUGCGGUGACCUUCGCGUUUCUCAACACGGGAGCCAAGCGAAACUUCACCAUUUAUCAACCACCUAUCCUUUUCCUGAAGGACUAUUCCGAGCAGAAUUGGCUGACGCGAUACGCAUGCCUAUUUUUAGCACAGUCUUCUUUGGCAAGCCUCACGGACCCCAUGGGAAUGCCUUUGCCGAAGUCCACCUUCACCAUGGUGAUGGCUUUGAUGGGUAAUGUGGACCACAGCUGGGAUCCUGGUUUGGCAAUCAGGCCCUACAAUAUCGGCAUUUGGACAAAGUGCUGGAUUGGUACUAUUGGGCGUAUGAACUUGCAGCCCAUGUUCUUGCCCGUGUACCGCUCUGGGUGCAAUCCCGUGUUAGACGACACUUUCGUACGGGAGCCACGGCUCACCUGCCUUUGCUUUGGCGCCACCAUGCAUGGACCGUUGCGGGCGCAAGUGCUGUCAGUGCUGGAGCUGGUUCACAUGUGGGCGGCCUUACCUUUAGCUUGGUGCAGUCGACGUGAGAGUCCAUUGCAAAAGCGCCGGAUCUUCUCCCUGAUGUGCCGGUCCCUUUUGCCAUUCGGCAGCGUUUUCUGGGCACAUUGGGUUCUUUGCACUUGGUUUGUGGUGGUUUCUUUGAAUGUCCUGAGCCUCCUCCAUAGCAGUUUAAGCCACUGGCCACCACCGAACACGGGGCCCCAAAGAUGGGACUUUGCUUUUCUGUUUGGCGUCACAGCUGCCGCCUUCAACCUGCCGCUCUUCUCGGUGUUCUCGAACGUGGACCUUCUGAAACUCUAUUUGGCCAGCUGUCCCCCCUCAACGAGUUCCGCUAAGAGUCCUCCCUCAACGAGUUCCGGAGAGAGGAGCCUUCCUUGUCAAGGCCUCAUUCUGCUCCUGACUUCGUUUGUGGCUGGACCUCUCUUCUUUUUGCUUAGUUUCAUUGAGGAAUUCCGCUUAGCGUUUACCCUAAAGUGGGCAGCUGAAAGCAGCUAGCCGAGUUGACUGCUUCUAGAAGGAUGUGCUUCUGAUGAAAGUGGCGGCAAAGACCAUUCCGCUGAAUCGUGGACAGGUUUGUACAUAGAGCUCGGUUGUCAUGGUCGAGAUAAAAUUAGUCCUCCUAGCAUCUCCUAGCAGCUUUCAUCAUUGUUGGG